AUGGAAGAGAUAGGUCCGGCCGCCGACGAGCGCAGACGGAUAGCCCGGGAAGAGAUCCAGCGGCGACGAAGUGUACUGGAAGAGCGUCGGAGGAAGAGAUCGAACGAUUCGCUCGGAACGUUUGAUACACUUGUAGACGAUAAUGGCCAUCUUUUGGACCUCCAGGAUCAAGGUAACUCGGUGGCGAACUCGACGGGCGUGGAUCUUGGCGCCUCACAGCCAACUUAUCGAGGCAACCAGCCAGACACUCCGGCCGCAGAAUCUACAGUGCUGCAUGAGGCUGGGCCGGCACCUGAGCAAGAAAAGCUGCAACUUUCCAUUCCAACUCCACGGAGCCGUGCCUCGUCCGUUGCCGGUGCUGACUUUACUCCUGUUUCCGAAGUAUCAGAGUUCAUGGCCUCGGCUGUGUCUCGACAAUCAAGCCAUGCCGAGCGACCACGAUCAUCUGCAUCUAGCCAUACAGAGGGUGCCUUCUCCGAAGUGAUCUACGCCCACCCCGACUCUGUGGCCAGUGGACAUGUCGAGGAUGCUCGGUCUUCGUUUUCAGACUUGGAAGGCCUGCGGUUCACCCAGAGCCGUCCAGCGACGCCACCGACACCCUCUACAGCUGACAACUUCAGUCAUAUCGCAGUGGAUGCUUCGUCAGAUGAUGGGAUACUUAGCGAAUUCGAGGGCUCGGUAGGCAGAGUGAUAACUCCAGCGAGCUGGUCAGAAGUUGGAAGCGAUGUUAGCAGCGAUGAGUACCGCCAUCGCGGCUUCUGA